GAGGCCUUUUUGCGGUUUACAAGUUACAUCAUAUUGGGCUUCCUUAUGUGUACCUGGGAAUAUCAGAAUAGCUAAGAGGACUAGUGUCUUGUUUAGAAUGGGAUACGGAACUGUAGGAGGGGGUGCUCAAGGGAUUUGUCAGGGCGGUUAGCAGAUACCUGUGUCUGUCAACUUACACGCCCAUCGGCAGGUUGAACACAUAAUAGUGGCCUUGAUAUUUUCAGUAGCUACUUGGAACCGCUUCUCCGUGCCGAAACAAGGAUAUUUUGCCUCCCUUGGAAUAAAAGAACGGCGUUAACGGCAGAAGCACUGCAGGCCUACCGGCAGGGACCGGCUCAUAGGCCACGAUGGAGUUGAAGAAGAAUUUGGACGAAUGGCCCGCAGCUGAGUCCUCUGCUGACCGUGGCAGCUCUGUAUGGUGCAAAAGCAUCAUUCUGGCCUUCAUCCUGCUCUUUCUCAUUAUCGGGGUCUUUGUUGGCCUGUUGAUUGCCUACCUGGUGCAAGAAGAACAUUAUUUCAUGGAGACUGUGGAGCUGAGGGGCCUCAAGUAUGACUCUGUUCUUCAAGAUGAGAUGUCAUCAUUGUCCAUAGUUCUCUCCUCCACCAUCCAGUCCAAGAUCAAACAUGUCUUCAUUGCCUCAUCAAUAGCACCUCAUUUUGUGGGCUGCAAUGUUAUAGCCUUUGGGAACAUCAACGGCAAUGUGAUGGCAACAUUUAGGCUGAUCUUCAGAGCAUCCAAGGCACAGAAGUACUCUGACAAUUUCAUCCAGGACCUCCUGAGAGUGGGCCUGGCUGCCCUGUUCCAUGGGCGCCCCCUGCUGGUGCCAGAUUUUGGGGAGAUCAGCGCUAUCGUCUUGCUGGGAGCCAGUGGGAAGUCUUUCUAUCACAUAGGAGACGAGACAGGCACCUGUCCUGCCAACACCUUCACCUGCGACAACGGAGAGUGCCUCACCAAGCCAAACCCCGAGUGUGAUUUUGUCCCAGACUGCGCCGACGGUUCGGAUGAAGCCCGUUGCUCCUGUGGCACACGUCCAGCCAUGGGCAGCAGAGUGGUGGGUGGGGAGGACGCCCGACACGGAGAGCUCCCUUGGCAGGUCAGCCUGAGGCUCCAGGGCCGACACACCUGCGGGGCUUCUAUUAUCAGCAGCAAGUGGCUCGUCAGUGCUGCCCACUGCUUCGAGAGGUACAGGAACCCAAAGGAGUGGACAGCCCUGAUCGGGGCCAGUCUUGUCAAUGGGGAUGAGUCCGAGUCCAGACUGGUGAAGAUCAAGACUAUCAUUGUGUCCCCUCACUACAACCCUAUGACCACCGACAGUGAUGUCACAGUGCUGGAGCUGGAGAGCCCAGUCACUUUCAGUGCCUACAUCCAGCCCGUCUGCCUGCCAUCCAUCUCCCAUGUCUUCAGCUCGGGGCAGCAGUGUGUGGUGUCCGGCUGGGGAGCCCUCCAUCAGUUUAACAGUGAGCUGCCCCACAAUCUUCAGAAGGCGGUGGUGAAGAUCAUCGAUUCCAAGACCUGCAACAAGUCAAGCGUUUACAGGGGAGCGGUCACCCACAACAUGGUGUGCGCUGGCUUCCUGCAGGGCAAGGUGGACUCGUGUCAGGGUGAUUCCGGAGGUCCCCUGGUGUGUGAAGAAGCUCCUGGGAGGUUCUUCCUGGCAGGGGUGGUGAGCUGGGGGGUGGGGUGCGCUCAGGUCAACAAGCCUGGGGUCUACUCCCGUGUCACCAGGCUCCGGAACUGGAUCUUAAGCCACACCGAGCCAAACCUAGCACUUCCUCUGUCAGAGGCAGUCACUGCACCCACCGCCACGCCGACUGACGCCCACCCUCGAUCUUUGAUCACGCUCCCGGCUCUCCCAGCUGUAAACUGUAGUGGUAACUACAACUGCGGUGCUGGAACAUGCAUCAGCAAAAUUAACCCUGAAUGUGAUGGAGUCACCGACUGCUCUAACAAAGCUGAUGAGAAGAACUGCGACUGUGGGCGUCGUCCGGCCGUGGGGUCCCAGAAGAUAGUGGGUGGUGCGAACGCGCGGAGGGGUGAGUGGCCGUGGACGGGCAGCCUGCAGUACCAGGGCUCCCACCACUGUGGAGCCACACUCAUACACUGCAAGUGGCUCCUGACCGCCGCCCACUGCUUCAAUAGUGGUCCCAAAAUCUCACGCAGCGACCCAAACCCCAGAGGCUGGACGGUGGGUCUGGGCUCCGUGUUCCGGUCUGGGAUCGGGGCUCUGGUCAUCCCUGUGCAGAGGGUCAUCCUGCACCCCAGCUAUAACGGGACCAGCAUGGACUUUGACGUGGCCCUGCUGGAGCUGUCUGUUCCCGCACCGCAGUCCUACACCAUCCAGCCCGUGUGCCUGCCCGCCCCCACGCACCGGUUCCUGAGCACCGCGGAGUGUUACAUCACCGGCUGGGGGGCGCAGAACGAGGGAGGCUCGCUGGCCAGCCUCCUGCAGAAGGCUGCCGUCAGCGUCAUCGAGCAGCACGAAUGCCGGCAGGCCUAUGGCAAUGGGCUGACCCCCAGCAUGGUGUGCGCCGGCUCCGCAGAGGGGGGGAGAGACACCUGCAUGGGAGAUUCCGGAGGCCCCCUAACCUGCCGCGAGCCCUCGGGCCAGUGGUUUGUGGCAGGGGUGACCAGCUGGGGACGCGGCUGUGGCCGAAUUGGCUUCCCGGGGGUUUACACACGAGUCACCGCGGUCAGACACUGGAUAUCCCAAUACCUGCCCUUUUAAAGACAAAACUGAAGAGAAACGGCCUUUAUUGCAGGUCCCGUUCUGGCUGACUUUUAUCCACCUGUAAACCAUUACCUUGCCGUCCGCUUCCUUUGUUCGGGGAAAGCGGCUUUGUGACCUACUGUGUGGAUAUAUCAGAGGUUCGGCGACAACGCCUGCCAAAAUCAGAAAAUUACCAGAACACUGCCGGCUUCUCUACUUGCAGAGGUCAAGAAACAGCAAAUGAAACUAAGGGGGGGGGGGGUUUAAAAGACCACAGUCACACAACAGCCAUUUGCACUCCACUGAAAUCCAGUCCUCCAUUUUAAAAAGCGCUGAAUUACUACUUCAAAGGAUGUGGAUCUUACCUGUGCAAAAUUAGUAAAAAUUGAAUUGUGGGAAUUCAAUAAGUGCAGAAUACAUGUGGUCUAUUUUCAGAAUGAUAUUUACAGAACACUAGCCUGCCCAAUUUUACUUUCACUAGUGUCAUAGAUAACACAUAAGCUGGUGCUGUGAAUCACCUGUUCAAACAUGUGAGCACAGCACACACACAGGAUUUUAGUGUAAGUUCUUUUGUUGCCCUUUUAGAUAAUCACCCCCUAAAGUCUGAUUUCUGUGGUACUGUUUAACAUUCUUCUGACAUCACAAGCAGCAUCAAUGCUUAAUUACAUUAAAAGUAUUUAUUUACUGUACUUAUGUAUGCAUAAUGCUGAAACCAUGUACUUUCCGCAUUAUGCGUAAAUAAAAUGAAAAAGAUCACACUGGAUUCCAUGGCAAAUCAGAAUUGCUGUUUUAGCAGACAAUACCUCAUCAUGUAUGUAAAAUACAGUGUGCCUUCAACUCAAUACUCAAGAAUGUAACCUUGUGUGAAUCCAUUUUUACUCCACACAGAGAAAACAUGUCACGUUUUGAGUGUAUAUGUCAUAUGAUGAAAUGUUUUGAUCUUUAAAUGCAAAUACUGCAGGUGCUGUGGUUGUAAAAUAAAAGUGCCUUUAUUAUGCAACCCCUACAACAAACAAUAACCUGUAAUUCUCAUCAUCUUACCUUUCAAAAAUUGUCUGAAAAAAAAAUCAUCUGCUUCUGUUCUGAACAUGGCACAGGCCUAGUUUAUUUCAGGGUCUGGACAAGCGGUGUCUAGUCAUAUCUGAAAAGGGCCAGUGUGGGCGCAGAUUUUUGUUUUAGCCCAGCACUGUGACACCUGAUUCAACUAACUAACCAAUCAUGGUCUUCAAUCAAGACCUUGAUCAGUACAAUUAGCUGUGUUAGUGCUGAACUAAGAAAAAAACAGCACCCACCCCAGUCCUAUUUGUAAAUAAGACUGGACACACCUAAUUUAGAGGUAGGUUUAAAAAAAGGCUAAAUGAAAAUAGGGGCAAGUAUGGAAUACAGGGUUUUAAUCCGUUUACAUUUAAAAGAUGUUUGCACCCACAGAGUGAAAACUAAACCCCCUAUCUGCCAGGCACCUUUCCUUCACUGGUGCCAUCUUCCCUCUAUGUCAACUGAGUGAAGUGUGUUCCGAGGGAAGACGUUCCCAGAACACUGAUAUACCAAGCACACAAGGCAAGCUGGCUCAAGGCCAACGCCUUUAACCACAGAGGACAACGGGAAAACCGGCUCACCAUUGCGGCUUGCGGGCAGACUGAUAAAUGAAAGCAAUGACUGCGGUAAAAAUGUUUUGUCCCUGGUGUGUAUCCUGAUAUAGGAAUGUUUGUAGGACGGGCCACUGGGUGUCACAUGUACCAAAACAAAGUUGAGCCUGAAAUAUCCACAUGAAUGAGACUGUUUAUACAAUAAAAACAGUAUAAUAAGCCAUUUCAUCCCUCCUGCACAUCACCCCAAAGGGUGCCAGUGUUUUCUCAACAGACAACCUGAGACUUGCAAAAGAGCAUGUACUAAAGGACAUGCCAUUCAGACAAUGGUGACAAUGAGCUAACAAGUCCAGAGGGAUGUUACACAAUAUUUCAUUAUAUAACCGUGCUGUAUUGUAGUCCCUUAAACUCCACAUUAAUCCAGUUUACAGCUAGUGUCCCGUUUUCGGAAUUGAAAAUAAUAUCAAGGAGCAAAAGAAACCUCGUGAAAAGACAACGUCUGCAGAGAGUGUCCACAGCUACAGACGCAAUGUACUGGUGGAUAUCUGCGUGGAAGUUGGCUUGGAGGGUUUGUGGGCGAUACGGCCAGGUUUGAUUUUGCACCCUCAGUGAAGCGUCUUUGCUAUAAGAUUUCAACAAGACUGUGCCAGUACUGGGUCGAUGUGAUGGUUAGAUCCGCGCCCUUUCCCUCUGCAGUCGGGAGUUGUACGCUCGGGAUACGGUGUUCCAAGCAUCCAUGUAUCGAUCCAUGCACAUGGCGAUGCAUUUCUGUACAAACAAAAGUGGCGCAAACAUCAAAUCAAUCAAUAUCUAUCAUAGUAUUAAUUGAUAUUUUGCGAACUAGCAAAGCUUCAUAUCCAUAUGGUGUUCAUAUCAAGCUUACUAACGUUAGGUACAAACUAAAGUGAAAUCAGAAACCAACUUCUAUCCACGCUGAUUUACCUGUUCGGAAUUAUCCAGUGUGCUCCCCGGCUUGCCAAUGCACUUCUUGAAACAUUUAUCGGUCAUUCUCUGCAAAUCACACAUGGCAGUUUAAAGAUUUUAUAAAUGACAGUACUGUUGAACUACGUCAUUACUACUAUCUGUGUCUACGCCUAAAUAACCACUUAAACGUUCUUACAUUGUACAUGUAAUCCUUCCAAACAGACGGACUGAUCGGCGUACUGCCAAUUACAUUACAUUUACAUAGCAGACGCUUUUAUCCAAAGGCAAAGCGACGUACAAAAGUGCAUAUCAUGGUCAUUGGACGACUACAAAACACAGGUUCAAUAAGGUACAAUACUCAUUUCGUACAGCUAUUUAUAGCCAACAGCACAGUUCAGUUCACGCAGUGAACAUUAUUAUUAUGACCUAAUAUAUGCCAAGCCAAACUAGGGAGAAGAACAAGCUACAGUAUUAGGACAAAUACAAAUUACAAAAAGUACUAGAAUUGGGGUACAUGUAGCAUCGGUUACAUGUUAACAUAGUUAUAAAAAAGCGAUAAGCUAACAGUUAACAUACGUAACUGGAAGACUAAUUUGUAACUAUGCAGGUAAACUGCCACUUUACUGGCAGAAAAGUGAACAUUUAGCUGAUCAGUAAAUUUACAGGCUAGAUGAAUUAGUGAAAUUACAAUUCCACCUAUGAAUAUAAUUUAACCAACCAACGCAAUCAUUUAAGUUAACGUUAAUUCAUUGAGAAGACCAGCUAAUUGUUGGAACAAUGUGGGCAAUCCGGAGCCCGGCUUUAGCAUGCGAACAUGCUACUAUUACUUGCCUGUAAGAGCUCUUGUGCAUUCGCCACGGCUAUCUGUACUUUGACUUGUUCCAUUAUUGUCCCAGUGUCCAUUUUACCAGACCCGGUGGUCGAGUUAAAAUCGGAACCAAAGCCAUCCAUCUUAUUCAAUCUAGUACAGUAAAUUGGCUUUUGUAAGCACAAGACACUCAAACUAAAAGUCACACGUGAUUGUAGGUAACUACUGCACCAAGAAA